CUGAUGCUAAUCAUUUCAGAACACUAUCAGUAAAACUAUCAGUGAAACACUCGUGUGCAGAAGGAAAGAAUAGUUUAUAAACUGUGUUCAGAGCAGAUGUGUGUUUGACAGAAUGCACUUUCUCACACUGAAGAACAUGUUUCACACAAUGUAAAGCAGCACGUCUUCAUUACACACAGACAUAUAGUGCAGCUCUAGCAGUCUCUAAACACUCGGUCAGUCAGAUCAGAGGAAGUUAAAACCACAGGAGGAGCUGAGAGUAUUUAAAGAAAGAGUUGAGAGCAAAUAAUGAAGAGAAAGACAGAGAAAGAGAAAAUGUCUGAGUGUCAUCUGUGUCUGCUGGGACUGAUCGCUCUCUCUUCACUUCUCACAGGUACCAGUGGAGUAGAUGAUGCUCAUGUGUUCAUCAGUUCUGGUGAAAAUGUCCGUCUGCGCUGUAAUAAUGCUCUUCCUGACUGCAAAUCAACUACAUGGUUCUAUAAUAAAGAUUCAAUGACUGUUGAACUGAUUAAUUUAGGGAUAAAGAAGACAGACACACAGAGACAUGAGAGACUGAGUCUGGGGUCUGACUGCUCUCUGAACAUCAACAACAUCUCAACAGAAGAUUAUGGACUUUACAGCUGCAGACAAUAUGUGAAUGACAAACAACAAGGAUCUGAUGCUCAUGUUCAUCUGCAUGUUCUUCAUGUCUCUUGUGGUGAUUCGGUCAUUUGUGGGUUUGUUGAGCUGUUCUGGGUGAAUCAGGCUGGUGUUAAACUGAUGACAGACUCCAGAUAUCAGAUAUCAUCCUCAUCAGGACACUGUAACAUCUCUCUGAAUACAACACUCCUGAAUGAAGAUCACAACAGAGAGUGGAGAUGUGAAGUUACUCAGAGAGAUCAACUCAAGACCUCAGUCACAUACACUGUCAAGAGUUCAGCUCCAGGUUCAACACUGAUUCCAGUCAGCAGCUCAAACUCUGAGACGACAUCAAGCCGAACUACAGCAGCAGCUCCUACAAAAGAUAAACAGAUCAUUACCUCAAACUCUGAGACGACUACAGCUGCUCACAGACCUGCAGUUACUCCACAGAAGGUGAUUGUGAUUAUUGUAGAGUUUGCAGUGUUUGCUGCUCCUACUGUGAUUCUUCUUCAGAUCAUCUGUGUGAAAGAAGAGCUGGAAGAAGGUUUGGUGUUGAUGGAGGAGGCAACAUCUUCAAGGCAAAACCUUAGACCUGAUGCAACAUCAUCCAGUGUCAAAAUCACCCUUUAG